UUAGCCCUUUGGACCAGACUCCUCAACAAUUAGCUCUCAGAGGGAAGAAUCGGCUGGCUCCUGGAAAUUCACAGAGCUUCCCCACACCUUGAGAUUUGCACCUUGCUGCCCAGGAGCUUCCUUCAGCUAGCCUUCCCUCCCAGUCCACUAUGGCCAGUUCCAAUAGCAGUGCGGGCAUCCGGUGGUCCAGACAGGAGACACGAACUCUUCUCUCCAUAUUAGGCGAGGCAGAGUAUAUUCAACGCCUCCAGACGGUGCAUCAUAAUGCAGAUGUUUAUCAGGCUGUGUCCAAACGAAUGCAGCAGGAAGGUUUUCGCCGCACCGAACGUCAGUGCCGUUCCAAGUUUAAAGUUCUGAAGGCAUUAUACUUAAAGGCAUAUGUUGCCCAUGCUACAAGUAUGAGUGAUCCUCCACACUGUCCGUUUUAUGAUACUUUGGAUCAGCUUCUCCGAAAUCAGAUAGUGACUGACCCAGAAAACUUAAUGGAGGAUGCUGCUUGGGCCAAGCACUGUGAUCAAAAUUUAGUGGCCUCUGACACCUCAGGGGAAGAGGGAAUCAGCAUUCUCAGAGCAAAAAGGACUCAGGCAGCAGAUCAUCAGCCUAUCUUGAAAACAGUUAAGGAAUCAGAUGAGGAUUGUCAACUGAGAAUCAGUGACCAGAUGCAAGAAACCAGUGACCUUGAUGACUCCUGGGAUGAAUCCUCGGGUGCAGGGUGCUCUCAAGGGACCCCCAGCUACAGCAGAUCCCACCACCUUUACAGAGGUACAAUUGCUCCCUGUCAGAGCAGCCCCAUGACCAGACUGGCUGUGUCCGGUGAGCCCAGUCCCUGCACCAGCACGAGCCGAAACACUCCUGGGGUGGCCUCCCCACAGCGGCCUCCAGUCUCCUCCUCCAGAGUUCCUUUUGUUUCUGGUGGGGAUAGGCCUUUGACCAGUGAGCCCCCUCCAAAGUGGGCAAGGCGAAGAAGGCGGUCAGUGGCCAGGACUAUUGCUGCUGAGUUGGCAGAAAACAGGAGAUUGGCACGAGAACUUUCAAAGCGUGAGGAAGAAAAAUUGGACAGGCUGAUUGCUAUUGGUGAGGAGGCCAGUGCUCAGCAAGACACUGCCAACGAGCUCCGCAGGGAUGCUGUGAUUGCAGUCAGACGCUUGGCAACAGCCGUGGAAGAAGCCACCGGUGCUUUUCAGCUAGGGCUUGAAAAAUUGCUGCAGAGCUCUGAUGAUCCACAAGCUCAGAAAUACAUCACCGAAAGUAAAUGUUUAGUCAUUGCAAAAAAUGGGAAAUUACGAUAUGAAAUAGAUACUGGAGAAGAAACAAAAUUUGUUAGUCCAGAAGAUGUUGCCCGACUGAUAUUUAGCAAAAUGAAAGAAACAGCACAUUCUGUCUUGGGCUCCGAUGCAAAUGAUGUUGUUAUUACUGUUCCAUUUGAUUUUGGGGAAAAGCAAAAAAAUGCUCUUGGGGAAGCUGCCAGAGCUGCUGGAUUUAAUGUUUUGCGGCUAAUCCAUGAACCAUCUGCAGCCCUUCUGGCAUACGGAAUUGGGCAAGACUCCCCCACUGGAAAAAGCAAUAUUUUGGUGUUUAAACUUGGAGGAACAUCCUUAUCUAUCAGUGUCAUAGAAGUUAACAGUGGAAUAUAUAGAGUUCUUUCAACAAAUACUGAUGACAACAUUGGAGGUACACAUUUCACAGAAACCUUAGCACAGUAUCUCGCUACUGAGUUUCAGAGAUCUUUCAAACAUGAUGUGAGAGGAAAUGCACGAGCCAUGAUGAAAUUGAUGAACAGUGCUGACAUUGCAAAGCAUUCUUUGUCAACCUUAGGAAGUGCUAAUUGUUUCCUCGACUCAUUAUAUGAAGGUCAAGAUUUUGACUGCAAUGUGUCCAGAGCAAGAUUUGAGCUUCUCUGUUCUCCACUUUUUAAUAAAUGCAUAGAUGCAAUCAGAGAACUCUUACAACAAAGUGGAUUUUCAGCAGAUGAUAUCAACAAGGUUGUCCUUUGUGGAGGGUCUUCUCGAAUUCCAAGGCUACAGCAGCUGAUAAAAGAUCUUUUCCCAGCUGUUGAGCUUCUAAAUUCUAUUCCUCCUGAUGAAGUUAUCCCUAUUGGUGCUGCUAUAGAAGCAGGAAUUCUUAUUGGGAAAGAAAGUCUUUCAGUUGAAGACUCUCUUAAGAUAGAAUGUUCAGCCAAAGACAUUUUAGUUAAGGGAGUGGAUGAAUCAGGUGCCAACAGUUUCACAGUACUGUUUCCAUCAGGGACUCCUUUGCCAGCUCGAAGACAACACACAUUGCAGGCCCCUGGAAGUAUAUCCUCAGUUUGCCUUGAACUCUAUGAGUCUGAGGGGGAAAACUCUGCAAAAGAGGAAAAUAAGUUUGCGCAGGUCGUACUCCAGGAUUUAGAUAAAAAAGAAAAUGGAUUACGUGAUAUAUUAGCUGUUCUUACUAUGAAAAGGGAUGGAUCUUUACAUGUGACAUGCACAGAUCAAGAGACUGGAAAAUGUGAAGCAAUCACUAUUGAGGUGGCAUCUUAGUGUUUUAGAGAAACCAUGAAUUUUUUUAAACCAGAAUAUCAACAUUAUUUGGUUUUGUU